AUCAAAGAUUUAGAUAAAAGUAUUUAUACGUAGAUACUCCUGGUCUUUAUUCUUUGAGUUGCCUUCAGAAUGGAAGCACGUAAAUUGUCUACCCACGUACUGGACACCUCAGUGGGCAAAGCUGCUGCCAAUGUCAGAGUAACCGUUUCCAGACUGGACGAGAUCCAGGAGUGGAGAUCGCUUCGAGCUGCCCAAACCGAUGCGGAUGGUCGUAGUCUGCUUUUGGAGCCUGGUCAAUUUCCCAGCGGAAUCUACAAGCUUACUUUUCACGUUGGCGCCUAUUUUGCAGAGCGCCAUGUGAGGACCUUUUAUCCAGCUGUUGACAUUAUUGUGGAUUGUAGUGAGAAUCAGCACUAUCAUAUUCCUUUGUUACUUAAUCCCUUUGGGUAUUCUACCUAUCGGGGAACAUAAAAACAAUGUAUUUUAAAGAAAAAACAAAAAGAAGUAAAUAAAAGUACAUAAUUAAAUGA